UGCAGCAAGUUAAGUGCCUAGUCCACAGUUAACUACAUAUAAAUACACUACUUUUUCUCAUCUACUGAUCUUUGAAGAUUUCAUUCAUUAAGUAGCAGCUGGUGAAAUACUACUACAAUAACCCAAACAUUCGCUCAAAACCUUAAAUGUCUUGAUCAUUUACCGUAUGUUACUGAUCAUAGAUUUUGUAGUUAAUGUGAUUUCUUUUAUCUCAUGGGUAACGACUACGAUUCUAAUCCCUUCGCUGGAGAGGACCUGAGCGCCAAGGAGAAAGAACUCGAUGCCAAGGAGAUCGAACUGAAUCAGCGGGAAGAGGAAUUAAAGAAGAAGGAGGACGCUAUCACAAGAGCCAGAAUUGGCGUGGAAGAAAAAAAUUGGCCACCUUUUCUCCCUCUAAUUCAUCAUGACAUUCUAAAUGAAAUCCCGAUUCAUCUACAAAGAACACAGUAUGUUGCAUUCACAACAUUGCUCGGUGUAGUCGUCUGCCUCAUAUGGAAUCUUGUUGCAGUCACAACGGCCUGGUUUAAAGGCGCAGCCUUGGAGAUCUGGUUACUUGCAAUUAUCUACCUCAUAACAGGAAUUCCUGGGGCUUAUAUCUUGUGGUAUCGUCCAUUGUAUCGCGCUAUGAGGACUGAUGGUACUUUGAUGUUUGGAUUCUUUUUCUUUACAUACAGUUGUCACCUUUUCUUUUGUGUAUAUGCCUCUAUUGCCCCUCCUGUGAUCUUCGACGGGAAAUCUCUAACUGGGAUUUUGCCAGCGCUUGAUGUUUUACCGGUUAAUGGUAUGGUUGGAGUAAGUUCUUAA